AUGGGUAACAGCCACGACGGAAACAGACGACUCGCCCUCCCUUCUUCUUCUUCGAGUCGAACCAGAAGCCCACCACCAUCUGGCGGCGGUCUCGCGGUGAUUUCUCCCUUCUUGCUGGAAUUGAGAAGCUGGAGAGGGUGGUGAUCGCUUUUCCUUGUCGGGAACGAUCACGGGAAGCAUCGUGGUUGAGUUCUUGGAGCGAAUAUGAGCUGAUUUUGGAAGAAAAACCGGAGGUGUCUUCUUUCGAUUGUCGUCAGAUUGCAGAUUGCCGGCAGGAAAGGAAAGCGGAACAGCAGCAGAAACACGGAUUUAAAACGUGGUCAGGGGAAAAGCGAGGGACGGAAAAAUGAGAGACACACGAAAGGCAUUGAUGGUGUGGUAGGAUCGGAAAGGACGACGACGACGGCGCACGGACGAGAUGCUGGCCUGCAUCGCCUGCUCCAAGCACGAUCUGGAAGAUGGCGGAGAGGAUACCGCGCGUGCGGCGACCACCCCGAGCGGCAAAGAGGCCGUCAAAAGCCUCACCUCUCAGAUAAAGGACAUGGUGUUGAAGUUUUCUGGAUCGCAUCGUCAGUGCAAAGGCGGAAGCUCGUCGUUCAGAAGCAAGAGCGUCCGGCAUCAGCCGCACGGCUCCUACAACAUCGACGACGCAGGCUCCGACAUCGGGGGCCGCUACGGUCAGCUGCACGCCGCGAGCUCGAACUCGACUCCCGCAUGGGACUUCAUGAGCGUCAAUGAGGAGGCGAGGUGCAGAGCCAAGUGGGCUCCCGGUCCCGGCGGCGGGAUGGUGGCGUCGGAGGACGUGGUGCUGGAAGACGACAACGAUCCCAAGGAGUGGAUGGCCCAGGUGGAACCCGGGGUCCACAUAACCUUCGUCUCGCUCCCUGGUGGGGCUGGCAACGAUCUCAAGCGAAUCCGGUUCAGCCGGGAGAUGUUCAACAAGUGGCAAGCGCAGAGGUGGUGGGGAGAGAACUACGACAGGAUCAUGGAGCUGUACAACGUGCAGCGGUUCAACCGCCAGGCACUUCCUACUCCUCCCAGAUCCGACGAUGGAGGCGAGAGGGAAUCGUUCUGCUCGAGGGUCGGUUCGACUAGGGAGAGCCCCGUCGCGCCUCCCGUCGCCAAAGAACGGCUCACCACUCGGUACAACUACAGACCUCCGCCGCCGCCGCCGCCGCCGCCUCCUCCUCCUACCUCCGGAAAAAGGGUCUACUCUCCCUCGGUGCCGGAUCCCUCCGAGCACAUCCUCCCGCACUACCUUCGCUCUGCUGCUGCCGCCGCCGCCGCCGCCGGCGCCUCAUCGACUGCAGGGGCUUCCGGCAUCAAGGGGGAGACAUCUUCGGUCGAGGCGUCGCGGACCACGACCUCGUCCAGAGACGAGGCCUCCGUCUCCGUCAGCAACGCCAGCGAUAUCGAGAUAACCGAGUGGGUGGAGCAAGACGAGCCGGGUGUGUACAUCACCAUCCGCGAGCUCGCCGAUGGCACCCGGGAGCUUCGUCGAGUCCGAUUCAGCCGAGAGAGGUUCGGGGAGGUGCACGCCAAGCUGUGGUGGGAGGAGAACCGAGAAAGAAUCCAAGCCCAGUACCUCUAGAACUAACCGGUCGGGGGGAUUCCAUACCAAAACAUCAAGGAUAAGAAAGAAAACAGAAAGAAAAGCAAUUGGAGAAAGAUAUAAUAUGCCAUACCCUUUUUGGCCCAGACAAAGCAGUCGCUGCUUGUCGUUGUAAAACAUGGUGGUUUAUCCUAUCUAAUGUCAUUUCUGGUGGGUGUUUAUCUACUAAUCGUUCUGCCUUUUCUCAA